ACGAGGUGAUAAAUUAUCUUCAAAAUGAACCCAUAAGUGCCAGACAAAGAGAAUAAAAAAUGAAGAAAUAUAGAGUGGAAGCUUUUAUAAUACCGAGUCAAACUAAGCUUAGUAUCGAAUCCAAUCAAAUUGAUGAUGUUAAGCUUGCCAAUAAAUUAAAAGAUCAAUCGUUUAGCUCGGUGGAAGAGAUGCAAAUUCAAAAUGACAUUAAAGAAUUAAAUGAAAGUCUGGACGAAUCCGCUAGCUUAUGCAAUAAGUUAGAGAAUGAUGAGCAAUACUCGUCAGAAUUUUCAGAGAUAUUUUUUGAAACUAACGAGCAUAUCUAUGACGAAAUAAUCCUUCCAGAAAAUAAGGAAACGAUAAAUGUUAAGAGCGAAGUUAAUACGGAAUACACAAAGGCCUUCCUUCGAAUCGAAGAACCUAUCUAUGACGAACCUUUUGUUGGAGCUUUGUACGAUAUAAAAUCGAAAGAAAAUAAUAAUAUUUAUGAUGUGCCUCAAACUCGAUGGGCAUUAGGCACUUCUAAAUACCGACGUUUUGGAAUAGUUGCGCCAAAACUACCAAAACGAUCCAGUAGCUUGAAAUCUAUAACCGAAGACAUCGAAGGGUUUGAUACUUUGCAAGAAAUGUGUGGUGGUCGUGGAUAUAAAAAUGCUCGUAUACCUAAUGGUCAGCAACCGGAAGAUAUAAGCGAAGAAAUAUUUAAAGAAAACUGGAUGCAAAGACUAGACGCUUUAAGAAAAUUGGAGACAUUGUUAAAAGAUAAGGAAAUUGCAUUGCAAUCGAGAGAAAGACUUUUAUUUAAGAAAGAAAAGGAAUUGAAAAUUUUAGAAAGACUGGUAAAAGAUAAAAUGAAACAAGCAGAAUUGUAUGCAAAACGUUAUAAAAAAUCAUUGAGUUCUGAGAGCAUAAUAAAUAAUGAACGAAAUGUAGAAUGUAGAUCUUCUAAUGGCUCGAAAGGUCUUAGUAAAAUUGAGGUUUCAACAAAUUUACCCAAUUUCCCAUUAAGAGUAAAUUCAAAAGCUAUGCAGAUAAAUAAAGAUGAACAAAUCUUAAAAAAUUUACCAAAUUCAAGAAAUUCACUCACGUCGGACAGAUUAUGUAAUAGAAUAGGUAGCGUGAGAAAGCCAAAACAUCGUCAAAAAAUAAAAUAUGACGAUUUUGAUUCGACUUUAUCAGCUGAUAAUGGAGACGCGUCCUUCAUAAUAACUUCAAAAAUAUUUGAUCCAGAAAUAUUUAAGAAACCAAUGGCAUUUACUCGAUCGGCGAGUGAAAGACGACCAAGAAUUGAUCAACAAGCAACAGCAUCGAGACUCGGUAGCUUAACAGAUAAAGACAAGCACACCGAUGGUUUUAUAGAUGUAAUGGAUGAAAAGACAUUCAAAAAAAUUAGUGAAAAUAUCCUUGCCUCGCAAGAUCAAGAAGCAAUAUUUUUAAAUUAUGGUCUUAUCGAUAAAAAAUCUUUAAUUAAUAAGAAGAACGUAAAUAAAGGUAACUCGCUCGAUCAAAAAAGAGAUACUUAUUUAAAUUUAGAAUGCACAAAUAAAUCAAAUAUGACAAAAACAGCACCAACUGAACGUCCAAUUUCCUGGAGCGAAGAUACAGACGAUUGGUUAAAAAAGAAAAGACAAGCCUAUAAUUUAGCAACGAAGAAUGUGAUGGUACAAAAUAUGGCUGAAAAGGAAAACUUUAAUACAUAUCCAAAAAUGAAGAAAUCUGUGAAAAACACAGUGAAAAAGGAAAAUAGUCGAAAAAAAUUUUCCUUAUUUCGUUAA